AUGAAAAACCUUGUCGAGCUUUUUGGUUGUUGCAUUCAUAAAGAAGAUAAGAUGCUAAUCUAUGAAUAUUUACCAAACAAAAGCUUGGACUACUUCAUCUUUGAAAAGUCAAGGAAGCAACUAUUGGACUGGAAAAAGCGUUUUGAAAUUAUUUUUGGGGUAGCUCGAGGAGUUUUAUAUCUACAUCAAGAUUCAAGAUUAAAAAUCAUCCAUAGGGAUUUGAAAGUAAGCAAUAUUCUAUUAGAUGCUUCAAUGGAGCCAAAAAUUUCAGACUUUGGGUUGGCUAAAUUGUUCAGGGAACAUCAAAUUGAAGCCAUUACAAAGCAAGUGGUUGGAACAUAUGGCUAUAUGUCUCCGGAAUAUGCAAUGGAUGGUCUAUAUUCUGUAAAAUCUGAUGUCUUCAGCUAUGGUGUCUUAAUACUAGAGAUCAUAAGUGGCAAGAAAAACACCGAGUAUGACAAAGAAAGCCCUUCUCUGAAUUUGAUAGGGAACGUUUGGAAGCUAUGGAGGGAAGGAAAAGGCUUGGACAUAGUUGAUUAUUCAUUGUUGGAACAUUCAUACCCUUGUGAAGAAAUUUUGAGAUGCAUUCAGAUUGGACUUCUAUGCAUUCAGGAACACCCAGCUGAUCGGCCAACCAUGUUUGAAGUUGUGUUCAUGUUAGGCAAUGAAACAAGUCUUCCUUCUCCUAAAAAACCAGCAUUUGUUUUUCGAACUCAAAGUGGGCAAGAAUCUUUAAUAACUAGAGGAGAAGUGUGUUCUAUAAAUGAUUGCACAAUUACUAUGAUUGAAGGUCGAUGAAAUUCUAGUAGGAUUUUUGAAGGAGAAAGGGUCACGUAUGUAAAUUCUUUGGAUCAAACAUGUUGUCAAUCUUACAAUGGAUGAGGCCUUAAGGUUGAACCACAUAAAUCUUAUCUCCAUGUUUCUUCUCUUUUGUAUAUUGUGUGUUUAUGGGAUUGUAUAAGAGGUACAGAUA